AUGAGCAGUGAAGCCAUCACUGUAUUCGCCGUUGCGGAGACCCACCUACGCAAUCUAGAAGAACCACCGAUUCAAUCCGGAUGGCAAUGGGCGGGCUGCAACCGCACCGGCGAAAGCCGCAGAGGUGGUGGCGUGGGUGUGAUUUUGGGCAACGGCUCCACGUGGGUGCCAAUGGCGGGCUCCUGCGAAGAACAUAUGUGGAUAUCUGGAAGCAUUGUUGGUAUCCCAGUGCUGGUGGGCGUCGUGUACCUCACGGUUGCACGCGGAGAACAUGACGGCAACGACAGGGUCAUACAAUGCAUCAUCGAAGAUGUAAAGCGAUGGACUCCGCAAUACGAAAUACUAUUGCUGGGAGACUUCAACGGACACAUCCAGGUCAUAGACGGAUACCAAGACCGAAACGGAGAGUUGAUGAUUCGGUGUACACGAGAGCUUUCCCUCGAGAUCGGCAAUCUCCGAGCCGAUUGUGAGGGCGAGUUCACCUGGUGCGCCCGCAACAGCCGCACUACUAUAGACUACGCGCUGGUGUCUUCGAAAUUGGGGGCCCAUAUCACGCAGAUGCAUAUCGACGAGGACGGACACUUCAGCCUAGGGAGCGACCACAACCGCCUGCGCUUGUCUUUCUCGGCAUCCGCCUGGCGACAUCGAGAAGUGGAGAGACGCGACCCAGCCCGUCCAUACCUACCAACACGGUCAUACGAAAGAGUGGCCGAGCAGUUCGAACAGAGUGAGAUGCGGAAUCGGGCUACGACGUACGACGCGUUCAUCGAGGCGAUGCGACACAUCAUGCGACAACAUGAGGUGCGCACUAGCUCGCGGGGCGGCACACAGAGGAAGCCAUGGUGGAACCAGGAGGUGAAACAGGCCCUGGAAGCGAGGCGAAGAGCAAAUCGUACACACCGUAGAGCCGUCAAGCUCUCUUCUGCCGAACACUGCCGCUCAGCAUGGGAAGAAUACCUGCGGUGCAAACACUACAUGCAGGACGUUGUGCAGAGAAAAAUUGCAGAGCACAACCACCGGCAGCUACAAACGAUCACCCGUGUGGGUCGCGACAGAGGCCGGAGGUUUUGGUCAUACGUGCGGACACUUGAGCAUAAGCCACCCCGACAUGACCUGAGGGACGAGACUACCGGAUUAGCGGUCACGGACCUCCCUCGACACCUGACGCGACACGUACAAGCGGUGUACGAUCAACCGACAGGCGCAUCACUUGAAAAGCCAGCAGCGAACCACCCUGCACCGAGCAGCUCUCCAACAGAUCUGCCAUGGCAUGCCACGCCACAAACACUGAAGCGUGCCAUAGCCCAUAUCAGGGCACAAACAGCACAAGGCCUUGACAACAUACCCGCACGCCUGAUCAAAAGCCUGGGCCCACAGGCACGUGAUCAACUCGCCGAAAUAUACACCGGCAUUGUAGCAGGUGACCCAAUACCCGCGGAUUGGCUGAAAGGGCGUGUGUGUCUUGUGCCAAAGAAGGGUGGUGACCAUGGUCUGCUCAGGACUACAGACCAAUCACUGUCACAAGCGUGUUGUACCGCGUGUUCGCCCAUGUUGUGA